AUGGUGCGCACCCUGAAUAAUUUGAAUAGCCUUGAUAAGGUUUCGGUAAAAGGCACUAUAGUGCACCAGCACAGAGCAGAGCAAUACGACACCAGUCCUUACAUCACAAAUCAGACGGUGCCUUCAUCACAGAACAUGGAUAAAGGAAAGCUCUGCAUUCUGCUACUGUCAGCUUUAUCUGCAGGCUUGUGUGGUUUCUCUUCGGCUCUUCCUCGUCGGCACUUCCACUUCAUCAAAACCCUAAAAACCUGGAAUGAAGCUUUGCAUUACUGUCGAGUGAAGUACACGGAGAUGGCCACAGUCAAUGACGAACAAGACUUGGGGGAACUCGCUUGUCUGGUGUACCCUUGGCAUCAACCUGUCCACUUAGGUUUGUACUUGACAUGGAGUUGGUCGUUGUCUGAAAAUGAUGACCACAAAGAAGGUGAACAGAGCUACUCAGCCUGGACAAAAGGUAAUCCUGGGCUGGGCCGCUGUACAAGCAUAGGACCGUCAGGAGGAUGGAACACAACAAGAUGCUCCCGAAGUUUGAACUUUUUCUGCUAUGAUGGAUAUGUCACUGAUCUUUCUAAGAGGUUUGUCAUGGGAAACGGUUCACUGAUGUGGCCUGAAGCCCAGACUUACUGCCGGACUCACCACACAGACCUGGCCAGAAUACGAAACCACAAUGAAAAUUUGAGGCUGCAGGCGAUGGCACAUGACAGACAGGUCUGGAUUGGGAUGGCACUGUGGCGUUGG